AUGGCCGGAACACCAUCUUUCCAGAAACUCAUGGCGCUUGCCGAUAGCCAAUCUGCUCAAACUGUUACACAGCUGGAGCAAUUAAAAAAAGCUCAGGUUCGUGAGAAAGCAAUUGAAUUGAAGGAAGAGCGAGACCAGAUACGACGGGCACAGAGAGAACGCGAAUUGCGUACAAAGUAUGACGAAGAACAAAAGCGUCGUCAGUUGAAAGAGCAAAAGCGCGCAUCCGAAAACACCGGACAAUCUGAACGUCCUCCUUUAUCGGCGGAUGAGGCUCGAGCGUUACGGGAGCAUAAAGACAAAGAGCGAUUAGAGAAGAAGAAACCAGUUUCUUACAAUGAAUUGCUUCGUCAAGCAUCUGAUUCUAAAAAUCCAUCUUCGGUUACAAAAGGCAAUACCAAGCCUAGCAUCCCAUCUACUUCUAAGCGAUCUUCUAGAGUUCCUGAAAAAAUACCGUCCAAGGACCCUUUUGGUGUUAACAGUCGAGUUGGCAUCGCAUCGUCGAAUUCAACGGCUCCUGCUUCCUUAGCGUGGCUAAAGGCAGAUUCUCCUAUCCCUGCUGGAUUGGCCUCAAACUUAUCUCGUUCUUCGUCCACUAAUGCGCCUUUUAGCGGAGUAAGAAAAAAAGUUUCUUCUCGACCUGGUGAACUUGUCCAAUUGCAGGCUGGACCCAAGCGUGACAAGCGAUCUAUUGCAGAAGUACAAGAUGAAAUUAUGCGGAAGCGAAUAGGUACACCAAGUAAUGUAAAUCCCCUUCCAAAGCCCAAAACCGCUGGCGGUGUACCUGCUGUUCUGCCAAAGUCCAGAUCCUCUGCGACGUUAAGCAAAUCGAACAUUACAAAUGCUGCCGAAAGGACUAUAAAACGUCCCGAUGCUCCUUCAUCUCGUGUUUCAAAGCCAAAAUUGAAAAGUCGUCCCAAAGAUGAUUUUCUGGUGUCUGACGAGGACGAUGAUGACGGUGCACCAGACGUGUCUUCUGAGAUCUGGAAAAUUUUUGGAAAGCGGAAACAAGAUUAUGUAUCCCGUGAUGCUUUGUAUAGCGAUGAUGACGAUAUGGAGGCUACCGGGCAAGAUGUAUGGCGCGAAGAACAAGCAGCUGCUCGGGCUGCUCGUCGUGAGGAUGAAUUAGAAGAGCAAAGAGAGCGAGAACUUGAAAUGGCUAAACGGAGGAAAAAGAUCUCCAGAAGUUGA